UUCAAGUUUUUAUUUCGUGAAAAAGGUUUUCAGAUUAAACCCUAACAGAAGCCAGAGGAGUACUCUCCUUCUCAAAUGCAUAUCUAAAAAACCCUAAUUUCAUUCCCAAUUCAUAAUGGUGUCCAUGAUUUCAAAACUUUCUUUAUCGUCAGCCUCUCAGGCGAUGUACCGUCGGGCUUUCUGCACCGCAGUCGAGUCGCGGACUCAAAAACUGGAACGAAUCGCGGACGAGCUAUUGGACCUUAACAAGCUCGAGCGCUAUGAUUACGCCAUCCUACUGCGUCACAAAAUGGGGCUCAAUCGCUACGGACCGGCGGCUUCAGUUUCCGGCCUACAGUCCCCUUCAUCACCCGCCGGGGGCGCAUCGGCCGCCGCCGCCGCUCCAGCCAAAGAGAAAACGGCGUUCGAUGUGAAAUUGGAGAAAUUCGACGCGUCGGCAAAGCUUAAGGUGAUUAAAGAGAUUCGAUCAUUCACCGAUUUAGGUCUGAAGGAGGCGAAGGAUUUGGUGGAGAAAACACCCGCCGUGGUGAAGAAAGGCGUUACGAAGGAAGAGGCUGAGAAGAUCAUGGAGAAGCUCAAAGAAAUCGGUGCUACUGUGGUGCUUGAAUGAAUGUUUGAAUUCAGAUUCAGGUGCCUAUAUUUUUGAAUUUUUUUUCAUCAAAGUAGUUUUACUUGAUUGGAUCAAAUUAGUAGUGUCGGUUCAUCCAUACCGUAAUAUCAAUGUUGCUUCACUGAAUUCUCCAUUUCAGUUAACAGAUAGUCGAAUCCACACUUUACUUAA